AAUAUAACUAUUAACUUAAAAAAAAGGAAAACAAAAAAAAAAAGGAAACAAAAAAAAUAGAACACGACGGCGGCUUGUAAUCCUCGUUAGUUAGAAGCCACAGAGAGUCACGAAGAAGAAAAAAAAAGAGGAGCAAAGAAGAGAAUCAGAGAAGAAGAAAGUUUGAAAAGGAAUGGAGAAUAAUCAAUUAAGUGUUUUUGGUGGUCAGCAUGGAUCUAGUUUACAAGUCUCAGGUGAUUCUAGUUUGAUAACUCAAAAGUUGACUGAGGUUUAUGAACUCUACAAAUUCCAAAUUAUAUAAUAAGAAAAUACAGAGUUGAAUUCGUCAUUGAGUUUACAAUAGGGUUUGGUGUUGUAUUGUGGAGAAUGAGAAAGUGAUAAAUGGAUGCUCCAUAGUUUAGAGGAUAAACUUGUGGAAGAAGAAGACGAGGACAUUCCAAAUAUACGUGGAAUAAAAAGGAAAAAUCCUGUUGGACGACAAAAGAACCAACACGAUGGACUCCAUGGUCGAUGGAAAGGUGUUCUUGAAAAGAAAAAACGUGGUACAUCAAAAUCGUCGAGUAAGGCCAGAGUAAAGAAAAUGUUAUCAUUUCAGGAAUCAACUCCUAUUCCCAAUACGCAGUCCACCGGAUCUUGCAUAAUGAGCUAUUUUUCUCUCAAACACCCAAGGAGCCAACUCUUUCUCCCGGUACACAGUUAUUUGUUGCUGUCACAACAUCAUCUAGUGGGUCAUUUUUCACACAAUUACUCGAGGACUUCGACAAGAAUUAUGGCGAUGGUUUAUCGAAAGACUUUGACAAAAACUAUGGCGAUGGGUUAUAGGGUCGCCUGUUUUUUAUUGGUGUUUUGUAUUUUUUUAAUAAAAGAUGUUUUGGACAAAUCCACCAUGGGAUAUUACUGCUUUGACGAAUGUAUACAUUGUGGUCACUUUGUCUUGUUUUUACUCUCUCAGUUUUGCUUGUGUUUCAAUUAUGACAAGCCACCACACACUCUCUUUAACCUCUCACGUUUGGUUUGUUCUUGUAGAUAG